AUGAGUCGAUUUGUAAGACCAUCAAAGUAUAGACAUGUAUAUGGUACGGCUGCCAAGAAGGAAGGAUGUUUGGAUAACGUAAAGGUAUCAAAUAAUGCAUGGGAUACAAACUUGGUAUCAACGAAUGGAAGAUAUGUUGCCUUGAAUUGGAAUGCAUCCGGAGGUGGUGCAUUUGCAGUCAUGCCAGUCGAUCGACCAGGCAAAUUUCCCGACAUCUAUCCACUUUGUAGAGGUCAUACAGCAACCGUUUUGGAUACCGCUUGGUCACCUUUUCAUGAAGAUAUCGUCGUAAGCGGAAGUGAUGAUGGUACUUUGGGUAUUUGGAAGAUUGAUUCUUCAAUGUUUGCAAUCUUGGAUAUGACGGAAAAAGAACGUGAGAAAGCAGGGGACGUCAAAGAUAUAGCUCCAUUAGCAAGAAUUAAUACUGGUACUCGAAAAGUUGGACAAAUUGUCUUUCAUCCAACAGCAUCCGGUCUCGUGGCUGUUAGUACAGGUGAUCAUCAAGUUCGCAUUUAUGACAUUACAUCAAUCAUUGAAGGAGGAAGUGAUGGAUCCAACAUACAACCCAGUAGUGUGAUGGCAGGACCGCGUGAUUCGAUUCAAUCGUUUGACUUUGACUAUUCAGGUGAUCGAUUGGCAGUCACUUCUCGUGAUAAACAAUUCCGUAUCUACGAUGCACGUAAAGGAGGAGAACCAAUCGCACAGGCCCCAGGUCAUGAAGGUGUAAAGGGAGCACGUGUGAUUUGGUGUGGAGAUAGCGAUCGUCUGAUUACAACCGGCUUCACAAGAACAAGUGAUAGACAGAUGUUCUUGUGGAACUCUUCCGAUUUGAGCAAACCAGUCAAAUCUCUUACUUUGGACACAAGUAGCGGUGUUGUGAUGCCUUUUUGGAGUGACAACCAAGUAAUCUUCUUGGCAGGAAAAGGAGACGGAAAUGUGCGGUAUUACGAAUUGGAAGGGGAUGAAUUGUACGAGUUAGCCGAAUAUAAAUCUACUGAACCUCAACGUGGAAUGACAUUCGUGCCGAGAAGGACAGUCAAUGCAAAUGAUAAUGAGAUCGGAAAAGCGUUCAAGGUCACUGGUAAUCUCAUCCAACCUAUCAGUUUCCAAGUGCCUAGAAGGGCGGAGAAUUUCCAAUCCGACAUUUUCCCACCUGCAGCUUCCAUUGUUCCAGCAUUGACUGGCGCAGAAUUCUUUUCUGGAAAGCGUGCUACGCCUAAUCUGAUCAGUCUAGAGAAUGGAAGCAAUAUCAAAGGUAGUACAGGACAAGCAACUUCCUCAGCUGCCACUCCAGCCCUCAGUCGUCCCGUCUCGCCUGUCAAAAGCGCAGCAAUACCUGUUCAAGAUACGAGAGAAGAGCCUACCUAUUCGACAAAGCAAGACCUACAAGAUUCUGCUGCUGCCACUUCUCGCCAUGUUCCAAUCACAACCAGCAAUGGGAAUCGCUCUGCGACUGCAACCCCUGUCGUGUCCACUCCAAAUGCUAAUACUUCUUCACCUACAGAGAUGAAUGCAUUACGAGAAGAGCUGGAAAUACUCAAGGAAGAGAUGGCCAAACGUGAUACAUUGAUUCGCAAAUUGGAAGUGGAAAAUGAACGAUUAAGGGCGAAUGAGAGAAAGGUUCGUGAAGCUGUUGGUAUUUAAUUUUCCUAUUUUCCCGUAAGAAGAAUUGCUUUUAUCUAGUCUAUGUAUCGAUUAAGAAGAUUUCAGGAACACCUAAAUUUCAUUUUAUUAUAUCAAAG